AUGAGUGACAAGUCGAAAGAAAGCAGCUCUUUAUCGAACAAUACAACGUCCAAGUCCUCUUCCACGUCUUCUUCAGAUUCCAAAAAAGAUUUAAAUACCACUAAAAAUGUUAAUGAAGAAAAAGAGAACCAAGAAGUCCCGGCUGUACAAGUCACAGACUUAGCCCAACUAGAAAAGUCCUCAGACACACCAAAAUCGUCUUCUGGUAGUUCACUGCAUGAGACUGGUGUUGAUAUUUCCAUUACUCCGACUGCAAAGACUCCCGAGAGUGGCUUGAAUUCAACGGAGAUUGAGAUGGAUGAAAACAAUGAAGAGAAAGCUUCAAUAGAGAACUCGACUGACAUCAAACCGUUUGUUAAUGUCGAAGUGAUACCCGACGAGAUGGAGAAGUAUCCGAUCCAAGCGUUGAUUUGGACUAUCUUCAAAUCAGUAUUAAUGGCAAUCCUACCAUUCUUUAUGGUGAUAGUCAUUGGUGCUGUUGUUGUUGGGUGUUAUGGAGGUAUCGACGACGCAAAGGAAAAGUUCUUCGACAAGCUUUCGACCUUUGAGAAGAAGGCAAAUUUGCUCUACGCGUUCUUCUCUUAUUCGAUCUUUGUGGGGCUUGUGCCUUUCUUAGUCACAAUUGCUUUCUGUCAAGUGAAGAUCAGAAGACUUUGGUUACAAGUGAUCGGGACAUUGGCCUUCUUUGGGUUCCAUGGCGUCGUGGAGUUCAUUUGGCUUGCGUUGAACAAUUUGAUGAACGGAAAUAUUGGAAACGGCCCAUUAAGAACAGUCAUGUUAUUCUUGGCGGAUCAAAGCACUUACUCUCUUCUUUAUGUUGUACCAAUAACCUCCGUUUUCUUUGUAUAUAGAAAACUCGACUUCUCAAUCGUCAGACUGGGAAGAUACAUGAGCUGGCAUAAAUUCAUCUUCAGAGAUUACCCACUCACGUUGGCUAUUUGUCUCUUCUUUUGGGUCCCAGGGAUGAUAUUCUGCUACUCUAUGAUGCCUAAUGUCCAGUUUACUUUGCGUCUCAUUCUCCAAUUCGUCACAUCAGUCACUUUGAAUGUCGAAUCGGCAAUUGCAGUCUGUGUGAAAGGAUCUAAUGAUGACAUCGAAGAGGAUUUACCAAUCGAAAAGGAGGAAUAA